CAAUCCAUCGCCAGUAUAGCUUCCACUUCCAUACAACCCUGCAAAUUCAAUCUUUAAAUCUUGAAAAACACUCUUAAUAGUUUCUCCAGAGCUAAAAAUUGAGUUAUGGAGAAUCUGACAAUCCCUUGUAUAUCAAAACUUCCAUUACCCAUUCCGGCGAGACAAGACACAAUUCCAGAAUCCACCACAAGAAAAUCCAGAAUCUCUUCCCCUAGAAAACUUGACGUAAGAUAUGCCGACAAACAUUUGAAUUAUCUCUGCCGUGGCGGACGUCUAGCCGAGGCGAUAACAGCUCUUGACUCCAUUGCACAACAUGGGUCCCCGGUAACACCCAAUACUUUCAUUAACUUACUCCAGUCUUGCAUUGAUACAAAUUCAAUUCAUCUGGGUCGUAAAAUACAUGCCUAUAUCGAUUUAGUUAAGGAAAGAGACCCAUUUGUGGAUACAAAGCUGGUAGGCAUGUAUGCGAAAUGUGGUUCUUUAGAUGAUGCACGCAAGGUCUUUGACGAAACGCGUGACAGGAACUUGUUCAUGUGGUCAGCAAUAAUUGGUGCGUGUUCCCGAAAGCAUAGAUGGGAGGAAGUCGUUGAGCUUUUUUAUAAGAUGAUGGGAGAUGGUUUUGUGCCUGAUAGUUUCUUGAUGCCUAAGAUUUUGCAGGCGUGUGGGAAUUGCGAGGAUUUCGAGACAGGGAGAUUGAUACAUUCCUUGGCGGUUAGGUGUGGGCUUGGUUGUAACGUUCAUGUUAACAAUUCGAUAUUGGCCGGGUAUGCCAAGUGUGGUAGAAUGGGCUUUGCUAGGAAGGUUUUUGAGAGAAUGGAUGAGAGGGAUAGAGUGGCUUGGAAUUCCAUGAUAUCUGGGUAUUGCCAGAAGGGAGAGAGUGAGGAAUCUCGAAGACUGUUUGAUGCAAUGAGGGAAGAUGGUUUUGAACCUGGUUUAGUAACAUGGAACAUAAUGAUUGCCAGUUAUAACCAACUAGGGCGCUGCGAUGUUGCUUUGGAAUUGAUGAGAAAGAUGGAGAGUUGUGGGGUAAGACCUGAUGUGUUUUCUUGGACUUCUAUGAUUUCAGGAUAUGCUAAAAACAAUAGGAGAAAUCAGGCAUUAGAUUUAUUUAGAGAGAUGCUUAUAGCGGGGGUGCAACCAAAUGGUGUAACAAUAACCAGUGCAGUUUCAGCUUGUGCUUCUCUGAAAGCAUUAGACAAGGGAUUGGAAAUUCAUUCAGUUGCUAUUAAGGUUGGUUGCUUUAAAGAUGUCCCGGUUGGGAACGCUAUUCUUGACAUGUAUUCGAAGUGCGGGGAAAUGGAAGCUGCUCGUCAGGUCUUUGAUAGCAUCACAGAUAAAGAUUCUUACUCUUGGAACUCGAUUAUUGGAGGAUAUUGCCAGGCUGGUUAUUGUGGCAAAGCUUAUGAGCUCUUCAUGAAAAUGCAGAAAUCAGAAGUAAAACCUAAUGUCAUUACAUGGAAUGUGAUUAUCUCGGGAUAUAUACAGAAUGGAGACGAGGAGCAAGCGAUGGAUCUUUUCCAACGAAUGAAAACGGAUGGGAAAAUCAAGCAAAAUACAGCUUCAUGGAAUGCCCUUAUUGCUGGUUAUGUGCAUAUUGGGCAAAAGAACAAGGCACUGGGAAUGUUCCGAAAAAUGCAGUCUGCCUGUGUGAGUCCAAAUUCAGUUACUGUAUUAAGUGUCUUACCUGCUUGUGCAGAUUUAGUAGCAGCGAGAAAGGUUAAGGAAAUUCAUGGUUGUGUGUUUCGCAGAGGUCUUGAGUCUGUACUUCCUGUUGCAAAUGCACUCAUAGAUUCUUAUGCCAAAUCAGGAAAUAUAUCAUAUCCAAGAUACAUAUUUGAUUUAGUGGCAUUGAAAGAUAUCAUCACUUGGAAUUCAAUGAUUGCUGCUUAUGUUUUACAUGGCCGUUCAACCACUGCCCUUAGUCUCUAUGACCAAAUGAUAAAGGUGGGGCUUAAUCCGAACAGAGGUAGUUUCACAAGUAUUAUCAUUGCAUACAGUCUUGCUGGAAAAGAUUUGGAGAAGAAGCCCAUAUCAGUUGGGCCGUGGGGAGGUCAGGAAGGAAUUUCUUGGAAUGACGGAGUUCACUCUACUGUUAGGCAAAUAGUAAUAGCCCAUGGAGCUGGUAUUGACUCCAUCCAGAUUGAAUAUGAUAAGAAAGGGAGCUCAGUAUGGUCAGCAAAGCAUGGUGGAAAUGGAGGGCUUAAGACUGACAAGGUGAAGCUUGAGUACCCAGGUGAGUUUCUUACUUCGAUUCACGGAUACUAUGGCCGCUUGAAUGAAUGGGGGCCAUUAUUUGUCCGAUCAAUCACUUUUGAAAGCAACAGAAAAACAUAUGGCCCAUUUGGUGCUGAACAAGGAACAUACUUUUCAUUCCCAAUGACUGGAGGCAAGAUUGUUGGGUUCCAUGGAAAGAGUGGUUGGUAUCUAGAUGCAAUUGGCGUAUAUUUGAAGCCUCUCCAAAUUGAGAAGUUAUCUAAAGCUCUAGUUCAUAUGCAAAGUCACACAACUAAUGGCACUGAAAAUGUUGGCUACUCGGUGAUACAAGGAAGCGCAGGCGACAAUUAUGAUAUAGUUGUUGCUCUGCGACACAAGAAUGACUACGGAAACUCACCGUCCAACAAACUAUCAAUGCAAUCUUCUAGAGAGUUCAACAUUGCAGGAAACGUAGACAAUAUGAUGAGUAUUGAAAAGGUGCCUUCAGAAGUCGAAGAAGUGGCAAAAUAUGGUCCCUGGGGUGGUACAGGGGGCAACAUGUUUGAUGAUGGGAUCUUCACAGGAAUUAGGCAAAUUCAUUUGUCACGGAAUGUCGGAAUUGUGUGGAUCAAAAUUCAAUAUGAUCAUGAUGGUCAAGCAGUAUGGAGUAGCAAACAUGGCGGAACUGGAGGAUUUAAAACUGAUAGGAUAAUCUUUGAUUUCCCAUCAGAGAUUUUAACACACAUAACCGGAACUUAUGGGUCCUUGAUGUACAUGGGUCCCAAUGUUAUUAAGUCCCUCACUUUCCAUACCAACAAAGGGAAGCAUGGACCAUUCGGAGAGGAACAGGGACCAUCCUUUUCCCACAAAAUUGAUGAAGGAAAGAUAGUCGGAUUCCAUGGAAGGGAAGGUUUUUUCCUUGAUGCUAUUGGAGUACAUGUGAUGGAAUGCAAAGUGAAGCCGGCGAAACAUCCCAUCUCAGAUACAAUUAUCAACAAUAAAUCACAUGUUGCUGAGAUAGAUAACCCUCCCUGGUCAAACAAGCUACUACUUGCAAAACAAGGGCCUGCCGAAGAGGUUUCUUGUGGAGUGAUAAAAGAACCGGUUCCAUGUGGACCUGGUCCAUGGGGUGGGGAUGGAGGGAGGCAAUGGGAUGAUGGUGUCUUUUCUGGGAUCAGGCAGAUAUUCGUCACCAGAUCAGCCGAAGCUAUUUGUUCAAUACAGAUUGAGUAUGAGCGCAACGGACAGUCUGUUUGGUCUGUAAAACAUGGAGGCAGUGGAGGAACUGCCACACAUAGGGUGAAAUUGGAGUAUCCCCAUGAAGUACUCAAAUGUGUAUCCGGAUAUUAUGGUCCCGCUAGCAAAGAUGAGAGGCAUGUACUUGUCAAGUCACUGACAUUCACUACCAGUCGUGGCAAGUACGGUCCAUUUGGUGAAGAAGUAGGAACUUUUUUCACUUCAACUACGACGGAGGGCAAGGUGGUCGGUUUCCAUGGAAAGAGUAGCAUGUAUUUGGACGCCAUUGGAGUCCAUAUGCAACAUUGGCUGGGAAAUAACAGAAUCUCAAGAUCUUCCUUCUUCAAAUUCUUUUAA